CGUCUCCAUCCACCAACACUACACAAAACUACCGGGAUGUCUGAGCUGUUCAAAGACAUCCCCGAGUUCGUCGAGACGGACAUCGGCGAGUCGCUCUCGGCGCGCACCGAAACAUUGGCUUCGUUCCGCGAGCUCGGCCCACCCGACCUUUGCCACGUCGUCAAGAGCUACGGCACCAAGGCGGCACAGAAGGACAUUGCGAGCUAUCACUACAUCUCCGGGGCGGAGGCAAGCUCCUCCGCGUCUCUAGCUGCAUAUCUCAACUCGUUGCAAUUCCACGUCGAGGAGACGCCAGCGUGGUUCGGCAAAGGAUCGGGUUGGCGCGUACGGCACGGCACAUACUGCUGCUUCAACGCGUUCUCGCGCGUCGACGUGCGCGUCGAGGUGAGGAUUCCGGGCGGCGUCGACGCCUAUGUCGUCGACCUGCGCGGCGAGCGUCACGAGGCCACACCGGAGAUCUGGCAGGAGACGUACCUCUCAGCGCUUUUGCGUGCGAUUCGUUACGCAGACGACGCGUCGUACCGUCUCGCAGGCUACCGGAAGCUCGACCCGAUCACGACGGUCGAGGGCGAGGUGCGCUUCCUCAAGGCCGCCGAGGAGUUGUUCUUCAACGGCUGGCAGCUUGGCUCCGACCCCGAGGUGCAGGUCGCCACUGUGGUGAGCAACCACCUCACCGCGGGCAUCAUCAAGUACUUUUCCGACUCGUUCCGACUCGAGCGCGCCGCCAACCUCUUUGAGAAGAUGUAUGGGCGCGAUCCGGAGGUCGCUGCCCUCCUGGCACAGAGCUACAUCGGCAUGAACGAGGAGAUCAAGGCGGUGCAGGUCAUGAACGCGGCCCUCAAGCAGGUCCCGACGUCGUACCCAGUGCUGCUGACGCAGGUCGACUUCCUCCUGUCCAAGGGCAAGGCGGAGUGGGCAAGACAGGUUGCGCAGCAGGCAGUAAACUCCGCCCCGAGCGAGUUCACAACGUGGGCCAAGUUGAGCGAGGCGCACAUCGCGCUUGGCGAGUUCGACAAGGCGCUCCUCGCGCUCAACAGCUGCCCGAUGUUCACGUUCAACGAGCGCGACCUGCACCGCAUGCCGACGCCGCGGCACAGUCAUCUCCCGACGAAGAAGUUUAUUGCCGACUCGGGCCUGAUCGACGAGGAGAGCGCGCGAGACAACGAGGCGGACGUCGCCCUCCUCCGCCUCCCAGCCCCAGGGCUGCGGGGUACCUUUGCCAAGGCGUACGAGCUGCUCACGCUGCUCGUGUCCAAGAUCGGGUGGGACGAGCUCCUCAAGACCAGGAGCUCGGUGUUCGUCAUGGAGGAGGAGUACCGCGCGCACCGCACCGGCGCGAGCGUGGAUGUGCGCGAGGAGAACGGGCAUGCGGACGAGGACGCGAGCACGCGAGGCCUGAGCUCACCGCGGGGCGAGGGCGGCGAGGGCGGGGGUGAAGGCGAGGGCGAGGGCGAGAAGGGUGAUGGCGAAGGAAGGGAUGAAGCAGAAGGCGCCGAGGGCGGGAUCGAGAAGCCGCCCGCGGCGCAGGAGGGGGAGGAGGGCGUCACAGUGGAGAGCUACGAGGGAUCGGCAUUUGCCAACAAGCGCUUGUGUGAUCGGUGGCUCGACAACCUCUUCCUGGUGCUGUACGAGGAUCUGCGCGUGUACACGAUCUGGCGUGCCGAGGUGUCGCAUUUCCAGCUGCAGCAUAUGAGCUAUCGCAAGACAGGGACGGAGUGGGAGAUUCUCGGCGAGCUGGCGCUGCGACUGCAUCACAAAGACGAGGCCAAGGACGCGUUCCAGCGCUGUCUCGAAGCCAAGUUCAGUGCGCGCGCGCUGCUGCGCCUGCUGGAGAUGUACGCGGCCGAGGGCGACCUUGCGCGCACGCUCAACGCAGCCAUCAAGCUCACGGCCUACCACCACCGUUGGUACAUGGAGAGCGCGUACCCAAGUGCGAUAGCACACGCGAUCUUUACGCUCGGCCUCACACACGGCCUGAGCAAGAUCGAGUACACGCUGCUGAGCAUGAACCUGCCCGAGGGGAUUUUCACGCUCAUGCGCUCGUACCUCAACUACGGCAAGACGUUCCACGUCGAGGGCGCCGAGUACUAGCGAUGUUAGAUUAUGCACCACUGACCGACGCGGGGAAUAGUGCAGAUGGUAGUCUACAACAGUACUGUCUAUCAGUCGUCUAGUCUGGAGAUGCGCCUCGUGUGCGGGGGCCGC